GGACGCGCUCGCAGCACGUGGAAGCACAUGGUGACUGUCUUGCUUCCUGGCUUCAGCUCCGUCGCUUUCCUUCACACUUAAACGCAGCUGCGCGGGUCUCUAGGGCUUUAGACUCGGUUGUGAAAGAUGUCAGCGGGAGGUCAGACCACCGGCAACCGGGAUAUCCCAGCCGUCAGACGGGUCACCAUCCACGACGCUGCCCACAUGCCCGAGGACUACUCCACGACCCCCGGGGGGACUCUGUUCAGCACCACGCCUGGAGGUACCAGGAUCAUCUACGACAGGAAGUUCCUCCUGCAGUGUCGGACGUCUCCUCUGGCUCGUACGCCUCCCAAUCUGCCCGACAUCCCUGGAGUGACCCGGCCGCUCAAACCCAACUCCUGCAACGACUCAAGCCAACCCGAACCGACCCCCGGCGACACCGCCCAGCUCCACCGGCUGAACGAGGAGAACGCGGAUGCCCAGUUUGAAAUGGACAUCUGAGGAGAGUCAGCUGCAAGGAUAAAAGUGAUUCCCAAAAUUCUUUUAUUGCUUUUUUUGUACUUUCAUAUUUUACUGAGAUUAAAAAAAGAUUCCUCGGUUGAAAUAAGAAGCUCAGUCUUUGUUUAGCGGCAUUCUCCACUUUCAGAUUUCUUUUUAUCAUACCUAAAAAAAACACUACUGUAACUAAUGCAUGAAAUUAUCUGUUUACUUUGAGGACAUUUGAUUUUGUAUGAUCUGUGCCAUAUUUGACAAGCAAGUCAAAGUCUUAUUUAAUUAAACCACUUCAAAACGUAUGUGAUUUGGGGACUCUAAAGAACAUCUGUAAAAUAUUCAAUGAGAUCAAAUAAAUUAGUCAGACGUGCUAGCUGCUAACUUUGUCAUUUUGGUGUUUGUACGUUUUUUAUUUCGUUGAAAGCAAACUAGUCCUUCUUUAUGUCUUACUUUUCAAAAACUGAAAAAUAUAAUUUAAUAUACAUUUUUCAACUCCCUCUAAAAACUAAAUAGCAAGUGCAUAUAUUUUUGCGAAUGUUUUGCACAGUGGCUACUAAAGACAUUUUAAAGGUUCUUCCAUUUGCCAAUGAGCAAUUACACCUGUGCACAAGGGAAAAGAUAUGUUGUAACUUUUACCAUCAUUAUUGUCUCGGUUUAUGUUCACUAUUAUUAUUUGUUCAUUGCACAACUUAACGCACAGAAAUAAAAAACAAGCACUCUGUCAAGUUAAAAAAAUAAUUUAUUGUAUUAUUGUACUUAUAAAACAUUUCAAUAAAGUUAAAAGCGCGUAAACCGUU